CAUCAACCCCGAAAGCAGUUACUGGAAAAUGCGUGGCAAAGUUGUCACAAAGUCCGGGAGUUUUACGCGGAUCAAAUGUUACGGGAUAAGUAUACAGACCCGGAUCUAGACCUGCUCAAAAUUGAACGCCUUGAUAGUAGCAAAAUAUCUAUGGACGAAUGCUAUAUAAAUCUGGCUAUUGUUAGAAACUCCUUGGAAUCAAAACAGAAUGGGGAUUCCGAUACUCCCCUACCCUCUCCCUUUUCUAUUCUCCGUCGUUUGGAUGUCUGGGAGCCACCAGAGACCGACCGUGUCAGCUUGGAAACCCUUUUUGACGAGAAGAAAGACACAUCAAACAACAUUCUCCGAGAUCCACCCCGGCGAAUUGUUAUCCGUGGCCAAGCCGGUGUAGGAAAGACUACUCUCUGCAAAAAGAUGGUAUACGACUUUAUCCACAAGGACAUGUGGGCUGGGAUCAUCGAUCGAGUCAUCUGGGUCCCAUUACGCCAGAUCAAGAGUAACCUAGAAUCGGGGCAAUCUAUUGCAGAUAUCCUGAGCCGAUCCCUCCCCGAUGUUGAAAGGGCUGGCAAAGGUACUCUCGGCGAGGCUCUGGAAAUAUCGUUUACGGAAGACCCCAGUAGGACGCUUUUUAUUCUUGACGGCUUCGAUGAAGUUCAUCGAGAACUGCACACUUCCGGCAAUGAACUUCUUCUCAAACUUCUCAAUCAGCCUCGGGUCAUUAUAACCACACGCCCUCGAGGUGUCAACCGUGACGUUUUCCAGAAAAUUGACCUGGAGCUCGAAACAAUCGGCUUCUACCCUGACCAAGUGAAAGAAUACAUAGGAAAGCACGGUAGCGGGAAAGCAGAGGAAAUUUUUGAGUUUAUCGAGAGCCAUCCUGUAGUAGCUGGGUUAGCCCGUAUCCCGAUCCAGCUUGACGCCAUCUGCUACAGCAUGAUAGCUGGGAUGUUGGACGGUGACAGUCCUCCAGAGACCAUGACUGAACUAUACCACGCCAUAGAGAGGUCUCUUUGGAACAAGGAUGUGGAAUUGUUGGAGAAACGUCGCGAAGGCAGCACUGAACCGCUGUUGAAACACGAAGCACAAGCUUCUUACUCGGACGAUAUCAGAAUUCUUUGCCAAGCAGAGAUUAAUGCCCUUCAGUCACUUUCUUUCACCGGGCUCUGUAACAAUAUGGUUGAAUUCGAUUCGGCCUUUCUCACUAAAUUUCACAAUCAGCAGAGCAUCAUUGCAGGCAACCUCCCUCUAGCUAAAAUGCAACCAUGGUUCACCGACUUGGAUAAGCUCUCAUUCCUUCGCACCUCUGAUGGACCGCUAACACCGACUACACGAAGCUAUCACUUCCUGCACUUGACAUUCCAGGAGUUGUUUGCCGCGCAGUUCUUUGUACAACACUGGAUAUCGAAGAAAGAUCUAAUG